CCUCAACCAUGCAAAGCGGCUCAAACCAACACGCGCCACACCCCGACCAAAUUAACACUCUCUUCAAGACAAGCGGAGACAUAUUUCUGAUAGCCUCACCUCUACACUCACCACGAGGAUCCCCUCACCGACCGCCACGUACCCUUCCCCCUCAGUUCUCAGUUCUCACCCACCUCCUUAUAUCACCGCCACCACCCUCCCAGUCCCUCUCAUCUUCCCUCCUUUAUUUUCAUCAUCAAAACAGAUCAGAGCCGACGAUCAUGUCCGUCAACGAUCAAAACACGCCCAUGACUCAGAAGCUUUACGAGUCAGCUCCGUCGUCUCGUCAAGUGGCAAAGUUCAUGACCGCCUCCACAUUGGGUGCGACGCUGCUAUUCUUGGCCGGGUUAACCUUGACCGGCACGGUGCUUGCCUUGAUCAUGGCAACGCCGUUGAUCGUUAUCUUCAGCCCUGUUCUAGUCCCGGCGGGGAUAACCAUACUGCUGGUGGUAACUGGGUUCUUGUUUUCCGGAGGGUGUGGGGUGGCGGCGAUAACGGCGUUGUCGUGGAUGUACAAUUACGUGCAAGGGAAACAUCCGCUAGGAGCUGAUCAACUUGAUUACGCAAGGAAUAAGCUCGCCAGUACGGCUAGAGAUAUGACCGAGAAGGCCAAGGAAUAUGGACAGUAUGUGCAGAAUAAAUCUCAAGAUGUUACACAAGGCCAGGGAUCUUAAGA